AUGCCGAGCUUCGCUCUCGAGCCUCGGUCAGGUCUGAGCGGUAGCGGGCGCGACCUCAACGAGGAAGUUGGGCUGCGCGCCAUGUCGGACUCCCAGACGCAGUCGUCGGGCGCCACUAGCUUCGAGCACAGCGGCGACUGGAUACGCGCGCUGCUGGAGGAGGCCGAGAACGAGCGGAUGCACCUCAUGACCUUCAUGGAGGUGGCCAAGCCGAGGUGGUACGAGCGCACGCUUGUGCUCGCCGUCCAGCGCGUCUUCUUCAACGCCUACUUCCUCGGCUACCUCCUCUCCCCCAAGCUCGCGCACCGCGUCGUCGGCUACCUCGAGGAGGAGGCCAUCCACUCCUACACCGAGUACCUCAAGGACAUCGAGGCCGGCAAGAUCGAGAACGUCCCCGCGCCGCCGAUCGCCAUCGACUACUGGCGGCUCCCCGCCGGCGCCACGCUCAAGGACGUCGUCGUUGUUGUUCGUGCCGACGAGGCGCACCACCGCGACGUCAACCAUUUCGCAUCGGAUGUCCAUUUCCAGCGGAUGGAUCUCAAGGAUACGCCUGCCCCGCUCGAUUAUCACUGA